AGAGGCUCAAUCUGCUCAGAGCCAUGCUAUUAACAAUAAUUAAUAACAGCUAGUAAUAGCAAUUAAUUGCUUAUGCUCCAGAGGGGUUAGGGCCCUAUCCCGCGGACAGGGCAGGGACCAGGCUCGCUGUGGUGGAAUAUUCUUGUUCCCUGGAGGUGUUGAAUAAGACAUCCUGAACAUUCAGCAUUGAGGGGUGGCCACCAGGGUCCAUGGGACCCUUCCCCCCUCCAUUCUCCCUCUCCUACCAGAGAAUAGUGGGCUUUUUCUCUGCCACCCCUUCCUCACUGGAACAAGGAGCAGCUGAGCCUGCAGGAAAGCUGGGCAGAGAGGAGUUAACUCCAAACCCAACCUCAGAGAAAGGGGAAAAAAAAAUCGACAGAGAUCUAUGGUUCAGCAGCAAGAGCAGAGGGAGGGAAAAAGGGGGAGACAGAGAGAAAGGAAAGGAGUUCCAGAAGGAGAGAGAGCAGAGCUGGUGGCAGGCAGGGGGAGGCAGCGGAGCACCAGGCAGGAGUGACCGGAGUGACCAAGCUGCCUGGACAAACUCUUUGGUAGUCUGCAUCCUCCUUGUCACCAUCACCUGGGCUGGACCAGAGGUCUCCCCCUCCCCAAGCAAGUGGCAAAGCUCCAGACCCUUCCUUGAAAAGGCCACCAUUUACACCUUGGAUGGGUGGCUUUUUGGGGCCUUUGCCUGCAAGGCUGUGCAUUUCCUGAUCUACCUCACCAUGUAUGCCAGCAGCUUUACCCUGGCUGCCGUCUCCAUUGACAGGUACUUGGCCAUUCGCUAUCCGCUGAAGUCCCGUGACCUCCGCACCUCCCAAAACGCAGGAGUGGCCAUUGCAGCAAUCUGGUCACUGUCACUGCUCUUUGCAGGGCCUUACCUCAGUUACUACCAGAUAAUCAACUACCAUGGUGUGCCCAUCUGUGUCCCCAUCUGGGAGGACCAGCGCCGAAAGGUUCUUGACAUCCUCACGUUUGUCUUUGGAUACCUCCUACCUGUGACUGUGGUGAGCCUGGCAUACAUUAGGACCGUCAAGUUCCUGUGGACCUCCGUAGACCCCAUAGAAAGAAUCUCAGAGUCCCGGAAGGCCAAGCGUAAGGUCACCAAGAUGAUUGUGGCUGUGGCCAUCCUGUUCUGCCUCUGCUGGCUGCCUCACCACCUGGUCAUCCUCUGCUUCUGGUUUGGCCACUUCCCCUUCAACCGAGCCACUUACAUUUGCCGCCUGGCUUCCCACUGCCUGUCGUACACCAACUCCUGCCUCAACCCCAUUGUCUACGCCCUCAUCUCCAAGCAUUUCCGCAAGCGUUUCAAGCAGGUCUUCACCUGCCUCUUCUUCCAGAACAAGACCAGGAAGAAGAAGAAGAGAGUUGGAAGGAAAUUCCAUAUGGUCAAUGUGGACAGAGGUUUCAUCAACAGCACCAGAGGUUUCUAUGGGGGCAACACUGAGGUGACUCAGGUCCCAGAAGACACCAGGAAGAGGGACCAUGAAGAUGCCAGUCAUGCCAGAGCAUGGACUCAGCAGCUUCAAGAUGCCAUGGUCUCUGUUAAAAAGGGGAUACUGGAAGAGGAACAUUUGGCAACAGCUUGCCAUUCCCUAGACAUGACCACUCUAAGAGGAACUCAGGAGUUUCUGACUGUUCACCACAGAUAAACAAAGUGAAGAAAUAUAUUUUCCAGAUGGUGAGUAGCCACUCCAUUCCCAAACAGGCCAAA